UCCAGGUCUCCGCCCCCCCGAGCGCCUCGUAUCCCCAACGCUCUCAGGCAGACUUUUUGCCUGGCCUGAAGCAAAAGGGUUUCCAGAAAAGUGCUUACAGGAACUUAAUUUAGUCUUGCCAUGCCACCUCCAGCAGACACGGGUUUGGCCUAUACCCCUCCAGAUGGCCAAUGGGGAUGGGCAGUGGUCUUUGGAGCAUUCAUUUCCAUUGGAUUUUCAUAUGCUUUCCCGAAAGGAAUAGCAAUCUUCUUCAAAGAAAUCCAGGAUUUCUUUGGUACAUCAUACAGUGAGAUUGCAUGGGUUUCUUCAAUUAUGUUGGCUGCUACAUAUGGUGGAGGUCCCCUUAGCAGUAUUUUGGUGAAUCGUUUUGGUAGUCGGCCGGUGGUCAUAUUUGGAGGGCUACUAUGUGGCAUAGGAAUGGUUUCAGCAGCAUUCUGCACCAGCAUUUUUCAACUAUAUAUUUGUGCUGGAUUCAUCACAGGACUUGGUCUUGCCCUGAACCUCCAGCCUUCAGUAAUCAUCAUUGGGAAGUAUUUCCUGAAAAGACGUCCCAUUGCAAAUGGACUUGCCAUGGCAGGAAGUCCUGUCAUGCUUUGCACCCUUGCACCCUUGAACCAGUUCCUUUUUGACACUUUUGGAUGGAGGGGGAGCUUUUUUAUUCUUGGGGCAAUUCUGUUGAACUGCUGCGUAGCUGGAGCCCUCUUCAGACCAAUUGGACCAACACCCAAGAGGCAAAAAAACAAAGAUGCAAAAGAGGCCAUAAGAGGAAAACCUGAUGAAGGCAUUGCUGAAAUGGGGGACAAGGAUAUAGAUACAGAGGAAGACAGAGAUUGUUGUGAAAACAUCAACAAGUUCCUUGACUUUUCGCUUUUUAAACACAGAGGCUUCCUGAUCUAUCUGAUAGGGAACGUGCUGAUGUUUUUAGGAUUUUUUGCACCGAUUGUCUUUUUGGCUCCUUACGCAAAGCACCGUGGGAUUGAUGAAUAUUCAGCAGCUUUUCUCCUUUCCAUUCUAGCAAUAGUUGACAUGAUAGCCAGGCCAGCUACUGGGAUCAUUGCAAAUAGCAAAUGGGUGAGGCCAAGGAUUCAGUAUUUUUUCAGCUUCUCCAUAGCUUUUAAUGGUGUUUGCCACCUGCUGUGUCCAUUGGCAACGAGUUACAUGGGCUUAGUCAUCUAUUCUAUCUUUUUUGGCCUGGCCUUUGGUAUGGUUUGUGCAAUGCUCUUUGAAACUCUCAUGGAUCUUGUUGGUGCCAGCCGUUUCACAAGUGCUGUAGGACUAGUGACUAUAGUGGAAUGUUGCACCAUAUUACUUGGGCCACCUAUUGGCGGUACUCUUAUUGACACCUUUGGAGACUACAAAUACAUGUUCAUUAAAUGCGGGGCAGUGAUGGUCUUGGCUGGGACAUUCCUCUUCAUCAUGAAUUACUACAACUACAGAAUGCUUGCAAAAGAAGAGAAGAAAAAGAUGAAGGAAGAUGGAGAAAAGAAAGAUCAUGAGGAUGCAAGGACAGAAAAGAAUGAAGGAAACUUAAAAGCAGUAGAAAAAAUCCAAGAUGUUAAUGAAACAGCUCCUUUGAAGAAUGAUGAGAAUGGACUAAAGAAUGGGGCAAACCUCCCAACUGAACCUUAAAUCUAAUUCGAAGUUUUCUGAAUGAAAAAUUGUUCCUUAAAGUGACUACAAAUAUACAGGGUAGUCCUCAACUUACAACCACUUGUUUAAUGACCGUUCACUGAAAAAAGUGACUUAUGAGCAGUUUUUACACAUUCCCCAUAGUCACAUAAUCAGAUUUCGGUUGCUUGGCAACCAGCAUGUAUUUACAGAGGUUGCACCAUCUCAGGGCCUUGUGAUUGUCAUUUGCAACCAUACCUAGGAAGCUUCUGACAAGCCGAGUCAAUGGGGGAAGCCAGAUCAAAAGAUUAAAAACCACAUGAUUCACCUAAAGACUAACGAUUCACUUAACAAGCAUAGCAAAAAAAGGUUGUGAAAUGGGGCAUGAUUCACUUAACAACUGCUUUGCUUAGCAAAGGAAAUUUUAAGGAAAUUGCUUAGCAAAGGCUUAAUUUGUGGUCGUAAGUCGAGGACUACCUGUAGUAUGAAAUUAGAUUUUAAAAUAGUCACAUUUUAUAUGGAUACAUGACAAUUACUUAGAGUUGGCUUUACAGCAAAUCUAAGCCUUAUCUUGUUUUUACCAAAGAACUGAGAGUAUACCUGUCCUAGCUGAUGAAAAAAAAAAUUUUUUAGGAUCAUUUAUACUUGAAUUUUUGACCUGUACUCCUGUUUCUGUUGUAGCAAAACUAGAAGAGUAGAGAAAUGUUGUAUAAUAGAAAAUAAAGGUUUUUUUUUUUUAAAAAAAACC